GACCACGGCGCGAUCAGGUAAUAUGUGUACUGAUUCAGAAGCCAAAUAAUUAUUCUAGAGGGGAAUCGGAAUCGUCAUCCACAAGAUGUCCGCGGGUGACAGCACGGGAACGCUUGUAAACCAGGCGCCUGACGCUCAGCAUUCCAGUACCAGCCUGCAGCAGGUGCGCAUCGACCCGUUUUCGGAUGCGCUGGCUUGGGGCUCCGUGGCGGUUAGCGUGUUACUGAUCGUGAUUUUGGUCGUCGGUCUGCGCAUCAACCAAAACCGUUUGUCCAAAUGGGUUCCCGGACUCAGUGGAGUGUGCAUGAUGGUCGGCUUUCUGGUGGGCCUGCUAUUUCCGUUGGUGCCCACACGAUAUCGCCAUGGCUGGACCAGUACGCAUGGCAAACAUUGUCGAUUUUUGCAGGGUCGGGGAUGAAAGAGCUGCCAGAUUUGCAGAUGUUUUUCAUGCGAUUUUUUUCUUCUUGUUCAGCAGUGCAUUUUUUCACUGUUUUGCAGGUCACUCGCAAAUUUUGCUCGCAUGUGGUAUUCUUAUUCCUGCCUCUGACCCCGCAAGCCGAAAAUUUUCCACUGGACAAACACCGCCGAUUUGCAGUUUCACCCGGACCUGUUUUUCUACUUGUUGCUCCCGCCCAUCAUCUUCGAAGCCGGGUUUUCCCUGGACCGCAGCCUGUUUCGGCAGAACCUGAAGGAGGUUUUGCUGUUUGCUGUGGUGGGAACCUGCAUUUCGGCGUUUGUCAUCAGCAAGGGUCUGUACCUCUACCUCCGGACCGUGGUGCGCCACCCGCACAUCGUGGGCGACAUGUUCGGCGCCCUCAUCAGCGCCACCGACCCGGUCGCCACCAUCGCGUUGCUGAACCGGUUCCAGCACAAGUUUCCGCCGCGGCUCCGGUCCGUCAUCUUUGGCGAGGCAAUUCUAAACGACGCCGUGGCGAUUGUGCUAUUUGACAGUGUCACCGCCCGGUACGAACGGAUUCUACGGGCUACAGGUGGUUCAUCUACCACUACACAAGAACCAGUGGGCGGAAACGUUGUCAAACGACUACUGGGUAGAAGUAGUAGUUCAGAUCCUGCUGGCGCAACGUCAACAGUUGGCGUUAGAAGUGAAGGAGAACUCGAACAAACGACUGGUAAUAUUAACGGUCAUAAUUUCUGGCGAGGCCUAGCAGCGGCGGAGAACAAUGGACCUCAGGUGCAGCUUCCCGUGGGUGAAGAAGAGAGUUACUACUACGGCUCUCUCCUCGUCGAGUUCGUGUUUGUGUCUCUGUGCUCGCUGGCCAUCGGGGUUGCGGCGAGCUACACACUGAAGCUGUUUUUCGAGAAGCACGAGGUCUCCAAGCACCCGCCCUACGAGCUCGGGCUCAUGCUGCUGGGCUGCUAUUUGGCCUACGCGGUGGCGCAGAUCCUGGACCUGUCCGGGAUCGUCGCCUUGUUCAUCUCCGGGGUGGUCUUCGGCGAGGGCUUGUCCGAGGAAACGCAGCGGGCCGCGGAGAUCGGGCUCAGCAUCGUCGCGUUGGUGUCCGAGUGCUUGGUGUUCUUCUAUCUGGGACUGGUCACCGUGAUGUACACGCUAGACUUUCUCCCGCACAUCAGUCUGCUGUUCUGGUGUUUCUUUCUGAUUUUCUUCGCCCGCGCGGUGCAGGUAACCAUUCUGAGCGCGGUGCUGAAUUGCUGCGCGCAGGCGAGUUCCUGCCGCCGCGCCGCGCUGCGAGUCCUGGCGCUCGCCCGGCCGAGCGUGCUUACCCUGGCCGACGAGCGGGAGCUGCUGCAACUGCCCAGCCCGGCUGCAGCCGCGGAGGCGCCGGAGUUUGCGCACAAAAAUUUCGUGCACCCCUACGGCUUCUCGUCCGCGCGAACCUUUUCUGCUUCAUCAACUGGUGGAGCAGCUACUGCGUCAACAACAUCGAGCACUUCUAUGGAGGGAGAGCUGCUGCCACGGGGCAGCUCUAGCGCGUCUUCGUCGACGGGAGACGGUACCUCAACUUCUACCGGUGCAGCUACGACCGCCAGCUCCGGCGACAGAAGUGCAGGCGGUAGCUCCGAAUCUUCCAGUUUUAGUACGUCUUCGAGGAGCGCUGGGGCCACCGCUAACAGUACAAGUAGUUCUGCAUCGUCCUCAAUCGUAAGGAAUCACAGUGGAGGCCUUGGCGUCGACCUGCGGAGCAGCUUGACGGGCGGAGCCCGGGGGGACUCGGAUCUCGAGGGUGGAGGAGCGCGAGGACGAGAUCUCAUAAGCCAAGACUUUGCCGUGCCCGACCCGUCUUUCGCAAACGGGAGCAGCAGCAGGCGGUCGUCAGCAAUCUCGUGGAAGGGCCAGGUCCUUCUGGUCGUGGCCGGUCUGCGCGGGGCCAUAUCCUUCGCGCUUUCUCUGCGCAUACCGGAAACCGCCGCGCGCGCGCAGCUCGUUCCGUGCACCAUCUUCCUGGUGGUCGCGACCACGCUCGGUGUGGGCAGCGUAAUGGAGCAUGUGGCCGGGCUGCUCGGCUUUCUCGGAGAGGAUCGCCACGCCGCGGAUACCGGCAGGCCAGACAGCUACCGGGAAAUGCCAGCAGACCCGUCCGCGCUGAGCGCCGCCGUUCUUGUACGGGGACCGCACCAAACUGCACUGCAGGGGGGCCGUGCUAGACCGUCUGACUACUUGAACUUUUACAAUCGCGCGGCCUUGCAAACGCAAGGCGCCCUGCAUGAGAACGCGCGGGCCCUGCACUACGAGAUUCCUCUCAGCAGGAAUCCAAACGUUGGAAGUGGGACAAGCGCUGAGUAAGUAAAAGUAGUUUUCUAGUACGGGUGGAAGAAACAAGGCUGCAAUUGCACCACGUGCUACUUUGAGAU